GCGCACCCCACCCCCUUCCCUCUGCCGCGCACGCAGCGCCGCGGCCCCUGUCAGAAGCCGCGGGAUCCGCCCCAGAGAAGCAGGGCCGACUUGCACCCAGGACCCUGGGCCUCCGCCUCCCCUCCUGCCUCGGAGAAGCAUCCGGCCCUCCCCAGCUCCUGAAGAGAGGCGCGGGCUGGCCGGACGUCCCGACAAGGCCGGCCGCUCCUGGCCACGUCCCGGCCCGGCCCGGGCGCGCGGAGGAGCUGGGCCAGGGCAGGCGUUCGCUCCGGCUCUCUCGCCGGCGCGCCGCAGCCCGGCGGCUGCUCCGCCUGCAGCUGGGUGGCGACGCCUUCCUCCGUAGACGCUUCCCGCGGCAUCCGCAACUUCACUCUGCUCCAGACACCGGAGCGAGCUUGCCAUCAGGUCCUCCCGGCACGGCUCGAACAUGCUGGACGGCCUGAAGAUGGAGGAGAAUUUCCAAAGCGCCAUCGAGACCUCAGCCUCCUUCUCCUCGCUGCUAGGCAGAGCGGUGAGCCCCAAGUCUGUCUGCGAAGGCUGUCAGCGGGUCAUCUCGGACAGGUUCCUGCUGCGGCUCAACGACAGCUUCUGGCACGAGCAGUGCGUUCGGUGCGCCUCCUGCAAAGAACCCCUUGAGACCACCUGCUUCUACCGCGACAAGAAGCUUUACUGCAAGUAUGACUAUGAGAAGCUGUUUGCUGUCAAAUGCGGGGGCUGCUUUGAGGCCAUCACCCCCAACGAGUUUGUUAUGCGGGCCCAGAAGAGCGUAUACCACCUGAGCUGCUUCUGCUGCUGUGUCUGCGAGCGGCAGCUUCAGAAGGGCGAUGAGUUUGUCCUGAAGGAGGGGCAGCUGCUCUGCAAAGGGGACUAUGAGAAGGAGCGGGAGCUGCUCAGCCUGGUGAGCCCCGCAGCCUCAGACUCAGGCAAAAGCGACGAGGAGGAGAGCCUUUGCAAGUCUGCCCCGGGGGCAGGGAAGGGAGCCUCUGAGGACGGCAAGGACCACAAGCGCCCCAAACGCCCCAGAACCAUCCUGACCACCCAGCAAAGGAGAGCGUUCAAGGCCUCGUUCGAAGUCUCCUCCAAGCCCUGCAGGAAGGUGAGGGAGACUCUGGCCGCGGAGACGGGGCUGAGCGUCCGAGUGGUGCAGGUGUGGUUCCAGAACCAGAGGGCUAAGAUGAAGAAGCUGGCCCGGCGGCAGCAGCAGCAGCAGCAGGACCAGCAGAACACGCAGCGGCUGAGUUCUGCUCAGACAAAUGGUGGCGGGAGUGCUGGGAUGGAAGGGAUCAUGAACCCCUACACGGCUCUGCCCACCCCGCAGCAGCUGCUGGCCAUCGAGCAGAGCGUCUACAGCUCCGACCCCUUCCGACAGGGCCUCACCCCACCCCAGAUGCCUGGAGAUCACAUGCACCCUUAUGGUGCUGAGCCCCUGUUCCAUGACCUGGAUAGUGACGACACUUCCCUCAGUAACCUGGGUGACUGUUUCCUAGCAACCUCAGAAUCCGGACCCCUGCAGUCCCGAGUGGGCAACCCCAUUGACCACCUGUACUCCAUGCAGAAUUCGUACUUCACCUCUUGAGUCUUCCCAGCGUCUGUGGCUAGGCUCCCACGUGGAACCACCAUAUUCUGUGAGGGGCCGCUGGCUUUAGGACGGGGAGGCCAGGGCAGAGGUGGGCUGGGGAGGGAGGUGUGUGGGGUGCUGUCGUAUAAUGAUUUGGCGUAGCUCAGCAUUUCCAAAGACUGAGUGUGUUACGGAUCGCCUAGUUCAGUGUUUCUAAUAAGAGUCUUAGGAUUAGAUAGGAAGAUGUGCUUAUCAUUAAGGACAGGGACUUUAAUAUAGACACUCAAGCAAGUUAGAUGCCUAGGGCUCCCAACAACUUCCCGCAGUUUGGGGAAGCUCUUGUGAAGAGGUGCAUAUAUCUGUCUGUCUGUACACCCACGACAGACAGACAGACAGCUGUGUGCGUGAUUGCAUAACCUUUCAUACCUUGUCAUCAAAGUUUAUUCAUAAUUAUAACAGACCCCAACUGUACAGCAAAAGUAACUUUAUUUUCAGUGUGAACUAUAUUUAAGGAAAUGCUUGAUGCACUUAAGUUAUAAAAUGAGAUAAUUUACUUUUUAUAAGCUUUAUUUCUAGUUUGAAGAGAUCUGUCAGCAGGGCGGAGAGGCUGCCUCCUGCCCCGUGGUGCCGGAGCCCGUCUGCUCCAGAGCCUGCGAGCCUGGGAAGCAGCUCCCUGUGCUGCCAGUCUCCUCCAGAGGAGUCCUGCUCCCUGGGGUCCAAUCACUGGGUCUGGGGGGUGGGGACAGAACAAUCUCUGAUCACGUUCUUAGAAGCCAUGUGGCUGGAUUCUUGGGCUUUCCCUCAGAUUCUGACAUGCUGCUGGGCGGUUGGGGGCCCUCAGCAUUCACAAGUGUGGGUGAGGCUGACCAUGUGGACCUACCUCCCUGGGGACACUGAGGUGCCAGGACACGUAGUAGGGCUGCAGCCCAGAUCUGGUAUUUGUUUAAAAUAGAAGCAGCUCACCGACUUGGUGCAGCAGGCUGCCUGGGACUGCAGGCAGGAAGGCCUCUGUGUCACAGCUGAGGGUGGCAGGCCCGCCCGUACCUCUGCGAAGCCCAUACUGGCAGAGCUGGCAGCUCGGGAGGAGGCUGGCGUCCUUCAGUGGCACAGGCUCAGGACCAGGGGACAGAGCAGGCGUGGUGGUGUGCCAGAGCAGGGGCUGGCCAGCUAUGUCCUGAGGGCCUGCUUCCUGGUUUUUAAGGUGGCAUUUAAAUAAGAGAGAGGAUAUGUGUCAGGCUGGGUGGCCCGGAAAGCUGGACAUGCUGCCUGUAGCAUCUGGCUCUUUGUGGCAGCGUUUCGAGGCCCCUGUCGUCCAGGUGCUGUUUCUGCACAGCCCGUGGUGCUCUCCAAGGCUGGGAGGACCUGUGAGAUGGGGGUCUGCCCAGCCCGCAGCAGCCCUGUGCACGGGGCUUCUACUCCCUGGUCUCCAGCGGGUGCUGGGAAGGGUCUUCUGUGCUAGGAGGGCUUCUGGGAACCAGAGAGGGUGGGCUAGACUCUUCUGAGGGGCUGUAACAGGUGUGGUCCCUCUGCGGGGACAUCACUGGAGCCUGGCACACAGCCACAGGUCCCUUCCACUCCCUGUGAGCUGGAGCGAGCAUGUCCCUUAAGGUAGAGUCUGUGUCCUGUGAUUUUUGUGCCCUCGUGUAUGAUUUAUGCAAACCACCAAGUCAGCCACACCAGUGUGACCGGCGAGAGCUCGCAGAUGCUGGACAGCCCAGGGUUCUUUGUGAAGCUCAGCUGGAGGGCGUGGCCGACAUCAUGUGAGUGAACAGGAACACGGGUCAACCGCACUUCCUCCUGGCCACGGUGAAAUUAAAGACCUCUUGUAAAUGAGCUGUGUUCAUUCCAGGGCGGGAGGGCAGCAGGGCCGGGGCUCCAGAGUGGUGUCUAUGGGGCCCAGGGCACGGCCUGACCCGAAGCUUUUAGCAAACAUAAGGGGUGGCCAAAGCAAAGCCCGGGGAAGGCCUCCCGCUCCCUGGGGCGAGGGCACAGCCUCACAGGCCCCGGAGGCAGAGGUGUGGUCAUUCUGGCUUCAUGUUCCCUGGCACAGAGCAGCGUGCACUCCUGCCAUGAGAACGCUGGCUUGGCUGUGAGGGUGGGCCUCGGGGCAGCCUUCUUGCCCAGGACUGGAGGCCGACACCGGCCAGGACGGGAGGGCAGAGCUCCAGUCACCUGCAGUGUAGAGAACGGGCAGGCCAUGACCAAGAGGGACACGAGUAGGAGCUCCGAAUGCUGCAGGCCCCAGGAGCGUGCUCAAAGGGGACCCUGCUUUCUGUUUUCUCACCACCUUUAAUUAUGCAAACCUGUCUCCCCCGGGGCUCACCACUGCACUGGGGCUUGGGAGGAGGGAGAUGAGUCACAGACCAGGGAGGCCUGUGUCUGUCCCCAGCCUCCGUGGGCCUCAGCUCCCAGCUCCAGCUUCCAGAGCAGCUAGGAGUGGACAUUUACCCACAGACACCUGUGUGUCCUUCAGGACCAGGGCCUGGCCUACCUGAGGAGCCGGUGGGGCCGCACAGGUGUCCAUGGGGAGCGGACUGCUGCUGCCUCAACCAGACCUUAGGGUUUACAGUGUAGGCGCAGUGGAGAUGUGGGCUUGUCCUCAGGUGAAGUCCAGGCCUGUCUGUGAGGGCCCCUCUCCCCUGUGCACAGUGAGUGCUGUACAGGGCUCCCACCCUCUCCCCGUCGACUGGCUGCCCUUCUUUCCUUUGCCCUCUGAGUGGAUGCCUCUAGACCUGGGCCACAGCCCCUUCACCUGUGUGCUGUGUGGCCUUGGGCUGCUUCAUGCCCUGAGCUGGCUUCUGUGUGGGUGCAGGGAUGGCCCAGCUCCUCCCUCAGAGGGCAGGGGUGAGCCUGCGAGCUCCAGCCCUGCCCUGGGGGGUAGCCUUGGUGCCCUGCUGUGGGCCGGGCCUGUUCUAGGUGUGGUCGCUGACCAGGUGAAUGGAACCUCAGAUCAAGGGUAAAGACACGAGGCCCUGGCCCCCCUGACCCGA